AUGAAUUCAUGUGGAUUAUCAGAAGAAGAAGCAAUCUCCGCAUCAAAAAAGGUAAAUUUCAAUACCACUACAAAACCAAAUUCAGUCAUAAAAUUACUAAAACAAUACGGAUUCACUCAGCCCCACAUUACAAAACUCAUAAAUAAACGCCCCACCUUCCUCCAAUCCGAUCCUGAGAAAACAUUGAGACCCAAAUUCGAUUUCUUCAAAUCUAGAGGAUUCUCUGGAUUUGACAUUGCCAAAUUAACUUCUACUGACCCGUCACUUCUUAUAGCUAGUUUAGAAGAUAAAUUAAUCCCAUUCUUUGAUAUACUCAAAGGAAUUGUUCACACUGAUCAGAAUGUGAUUACAACGCUGAGACGAAGAGCUUGGUUUUUCGGAAACUAUGUUUUAAUGGAGAAUAUGUUGGUUAACAUUGAGGUUUUGAAAGAAGAAGGUGUGCCUGAAUGCAAUGUGUCUAAAUUUCUGAUUUCACGGCCGAGGGUGCUGACAAUGGAGACUGGGAAAUUUAGAGAAGUUGUUGAAGAGCUUAAAUCUAUGGGGUUCGAUACAUCGAAGACUGCGUUUCUUGUAGCGAUUCAUGCGAUUUUUGCGAUGAGUAAAUCCACCUGGGAGAUGAAAGUUGGUGUUUAUAAGACAUGGGGUUGGUCUGAAGAUGAGAUUUUGACAGCGUUUAGGAAAUGUCCUUAUUGUAUGAUGGCUUCUGAGAAGAAGAUUAAUGGGGUUAUGAGUUUUUUGGUGAAUGAAAUGGGGUAUAUUGCACAGGCUAUUGUACAUUGUCCUGAACUGUUUACUUAUAAUUUGGAGAAGAGGAUUGCUCCGAGGUGUUUGGUUAUUCGGAUUCUGCGAUCCAAGGGUUUGCUUAAGCAAGAGUAUAACAUAAAUACGAUAGCCACGAAGUCUGACAAGGUGUUUUUGGAAUUGUUUGUGAGUAAGUUUGAGAAAGAGGCUCCUGAAUUGUUGAAUGUGUAUCAUGAAACCGUAGUUUGGACAGCAAACCACAAAGAUCUUCAUUUACAUAAACCGUCUUCAAUUCAUUUCACUGACGACGGAAAGUUGGUUUUGCGGAGUUUCGAUUAUCCUACUGAUACUAUCCUCAGCGGUCAGAAGUUAGGACCUGGAGUUCAGCUUAGCUCUGGUCGUAACAUACUAUAUGUUCAAGAGACUGAUGGUUUAGUUGCAACAGAUAACAGAGACAAGAUAAGAGUAAUAUCAGAUGCGCUGGAUGAGGGUUCAUUCAUACUUAAAUAUCUCUACCGAAACAAGAAUCAGCCACCAAGGCAACAACAAGGUGAGGAGGGAGUAUUGUGA